AUGCUCGAGAGUGGCGAUGGCGGUGGCGGCCGGUGCGACACCGACCAAGACUGCAACAAUAACGGCCAAUGCGUGCCCAUUGGAGGCCAACGCGGCGUGUGCCGCUGUGAUGAGCGCUAUGCUGGGGCAUACUGCCAACACAAGCGCAAGAACAAGCUCACCGCAUUCCUUCUGUCGAUUCUCCUGGGCGGCCUGGCGGUCGAUCGCUUCUACCUCGGCUACAUCGGCCUGGGGGUGGUGAAGCUGUUCCUCAGUGUGUUCGGCUUCGUGCCGGCCUGCAUCGCCAACUGGUCCUCCACGUUGAUGGGCUGGAGGCGCUACACGCUAGUCGGCGACGAGUAUGCCACAAUAGAUUCCUUAGAUGGGAGCACGGGCGCCUAUCUGUGCAUCACGGCGGGCAACUGCCUCACGUGCUGCAUCGCCCUCGGCUCCGUCGCCUGGUGGCUCACCGACUGGAUUCUCAUUCUCAAAGAUGUUCUGCACGAUGCCGAUGGACACGGCCUCUAUGACAACAUGUGA